GCGGGGCGGGCGGGGAGGAGGAGGAGGAGCCGGGCGUGCUGGCGGGCGGCCGGGUGGCGGCGGCGGCAUGGCGGAGCCGAGCGGGGCCGAGACGAGGCCCCCCAUUCGGGUCACCGUCAAGACCCCCAAGGACAAGGAGGAAAUUGUGAUCAGCGAUCGAGCCUCAGUCAAGGAGUUCAAAGAGGAAAUCUCGCGGAGGUUUAAGGCUCAGCAGGAUCAGCUGGUCCUGAUCUUCGCAGGCAAGAUCCUCAAGGAUGGGGACACACUGAACCAGCAUGGAAUCAAGGAUGGGCUUACCGUCCAUCUGGUCAUCAAGACCCCGCAGAAGGCUCAAGAUCCAGCUGCUGCCACUGCUUCUUCCCCCUCUACUCCAGAGCCUGCCUCAGCGCCCUCCACCACGCCUGCUUCACCUGCCACCCCUGCCCAGCCCUCCACCUCUGGCAGUGCCACGUCGGAUGCUGGCAGUGGAAGCCGGAGGAGCAGUGGGGGGGGUCCCUCCCCAGGGGCUGGGGAGGGCCCCCCCAAUGCUACCACAUCCAUACUCUCUGGCUUUGGGGGCAUCCUCGGCCUGGGCAGCCUGGGUCUGGGCUCCGCCAACUUCAUGGAGCUGCAGCAACAGAUGCAGAGGCAACUGAUGUCCAAUCCUGAGAUGCUGUCGCAGAUCAUGGAGAACCCCCUGGUCCAGGACAUGAUGUCUAACCCUGACCUGAUGCGCCACAUGAUCAUGGCCAACCCCCAGAUGCAGCAGCUGAUGGAGCGGAACCCUGAGAUCAGCCACAUGCUCAACAACCCUGAGCUCAUGAGGCAGACAAUGGAGCUUGCUCGAAAUCCAGCCAUGAUGCAGGAGAUGAUGCGGAACCAGGACCGGGCCCUCAGCAACCUGGAGAGCAUCCCUGGAGGGUAUAACGCCCUCCGCCGCAUGUACACUGACAUCCAGGAGCCCAUGUUCAGUGCUGCCCGGGAACAGUUUGGCAACAAUCCCUUCUCUUCCCUGGCCGGGAACUCCGACAGCUCAUCUUCCCAGCCUCUGCGGACUGAGAAUCGAGAGCCCCUCCCUAACCCCUGGAGCCCCUCGCCCCCCACCUCCCAGGCCCCCGGGUCCGGUGGGGAGGGCACCGGAGGAUCGGGGACCAGCCAGGUGCACCCGACAGUCUCGAACCCCUUUGGGAUCAAUGCGGCUAGCCUGGGGUCAGGGAUGUUCAACAGCCCGGAAAUGCAGGCCCUGCUCCAGCAGAUAUCAGAGAACCCCCAGCUGAUGCAGAACGUGAUCUCCGCCCCCUACAUGCGCAGCAUGAUGCAGACGCUUGCCCAGAACCCGGACUUUGCCGCUCAGAUGAUGGUGAACGUGCCGCUCUUCGCGGGAAACCCCCAGCUUCAGGAGCAGCUCCGCCUGCAGCUCCCUGUCUUCCUGCAGCAGAUGCAGAACCCAGAGUCACUCUCCAUCCUUACCAAUCCCCGCGCCAUGCAGGCGCUGCUGCAGAUCCAGCAGGGAUUGCAGACCUUGCAGACUGAGGCCCCCGGGCUGAUACCCAGCCUUGGCUCCUUUGGGAUGUCCCGGACCCUCGCACCCUCAGCAAGCAGCGCCGGGCCUGCACCCGAGGCCCCCCCCUCCUCACCAGCCCCACCAGCCACUCCUCCCACAGGGGCUUCCAGUGCCCAGCAGCAGCUCAUGCAGCAGAUGAUCCAGCUUUUGGCAGGAAGUGGAAACUCACAGGUGCAGACGCCAGAAGUGAGAUUCCAGCAGCAGCUAGAUCAGCUCAACGCCAUGGGCUUCAUCAACCGGGAGGCUAACCUGCAGGCCCUGAUUGCCACAGGAGGGGACAUCAAUGCGGCCAUCGAGAGGCUGCUGGGCUCUCAGCUCUCCUAAGCCUGUGGCCGUGCCUCCUGCUUCUCCCUUCCCUGGAUGCCACCUCUGGUUCCUGUCAGCUCCUUCCCUCUGCCGCUCGUCAUCCUCUGUCUUCUUCCUGUCUCUUCAGACACAGGGUGGCUUUGGAGGCGUGGACCCCAACCCUGGAGCUCUGCCUGAGAACUUGGGUUCUACUUCUACUUCUUACAGAAUCUUCUCUCCUGCUCCUGCUUGAGCAGAACUAUUUGACGGUCUUCACAGUUUUGUUGAUUGGCCCACAACCGCCUUUGCAAUCUUCACACUUCUCAGUGGCAGCACAGAGUUGAAGGAGGAGCCGACUCUCUGGUUAUUGGAACAUGGUCUUUCACCUGUACCACUAGGGUUUUGCUGGUCUCAUGUUUACUUUUGGUAACUCUCUUCUUUCUUUCCCCAUCCCUUCUCACCCCCAGCUAACCAGUGCUAGAACUCUAUCCUUGGAAGGAGGGGCAGGUGAAGCAGCUGAGAUUUUCCUGCUCGCCCCUGAAGUGCUUUUUAAUGGGGUCUGUUGGGACUUCCAGGGGGAGGAAGAUGCCUGUUCUUCCUGUCUGAAGGAGGAGAUAGGACUGUGUCUGAACAAGGAAUUAACCAGCCCUGGACCAGCCCAACAGAGACUGGUGCCCAGGAGAAGGGCCUGAGAUUUUUGGAGGAAGGGAAUGGGCAAAACAGCCUGAGGAAAAGGCUUGGAAGUUGAAUUGACAGUUAGGAAGUGGAAGCACUAAUUGCUCUAUUAGGCUGGAGAGUCCUGGUUCAGGCGUGGCGGAGGAGACUUGGAGAUGCUAAUGUAGCCUGAGCUGAAAGGGGCUCAAUGAAGCUGAGGGAGAUGGCUCACAAGGGGCCAUAUUAGCUCCAUUUCCUCAAACACACGUGCUUAUGCACACACACACACACACAUUUCCAUGAACACAGGACCUGUCUGUGUCCCCAGGUACCAGUGAUCUGAGGUGGGUUGGGGUCUGGCUCGGCAGUGGGUGUGUGGUGGUGGGGUGCAUAUGGGUUCAGUAGAAAUGGAUUCUUUGCUGAUUUCUGGUUCAGAGCUCCCCCCACCAGAGAAAUAGGCAGAAGGGCUAGUCUAGGGCAGGAAUAUGUACAGCCCAGGGAGCUAGGUCCCUUGGGCCUCUGGAUGCUGGGUAACCCAAGGGUAGUGUGGAUACUCCUUCUACCAGAACUGUGACCAACACCCUUACACCCCUCUCCUGAUUGCUUCAGGGGAUGGUAGAAGGGUCUUUCCAUCUAGAGCCCCUGGCCCUUGCCCUUUGAGCUCUUCACUGUUUCCCUCCAAGCCAGAAAGUUCUUUUUGAGACAGGAAAGGAGAGGCUGGCAAUGCUGCCUGUGAUCUGGAGUUGGACGUGACUAUACUGGAGCACAAAGGAGGCUCAUAUCACCUCCGCUCUCUGCUACUUAGCCCAGCUGCUUGGCGGGCCCAUGGCUGAGAAUAUGGAGGCAUGAGAAACAGGAUUUUCUCCCAGUGGGAAAGGGCCCCAAGCACUCCAGAGAGGAUGUCUGCGUGGCUCCUCUCCGUCCUUCCCUCAGCUCCCACACUGGCCUUUGUAAAUAAAUGGCGUGGUCUUUGUUGUGA